AUAGCGACCACCUUUCGAGUGGGAGGUGACUAGAAGUCACCGUACCCUGUCUCUUUCCCUAUUCGAGCCCCCCCUCCUCUCUCGCACAAUGUCUCACCGCGCCGAUGCCUCGAAUACGCUCGACAAUCGGGGUUACUCAGGACCGUUAAUUCGGGGCCAGAACCCAGCCCUCCUCCUUGAGACGGCUAUGCGUGAUCGGAUAACAGAUUCGCUGUACUGGAAAGAGCAAUGCUUCGGACUCAACGCUGCGACAUUAUGCGACCGUGCGGUGGAACUCACACAUAUUGGCGGCACAUACGGCGUGGCGAUGAAACCGACCCCAUUCAUCUGCCUGGCUUUCAAACUAUUGACCCUUGUUCCCGAUCGCGAGAUCAUUCUCGAGUAUCUCAACGUUGGUGGUGAAGAGUGGAAGUACCUUCGAGCUCUGGCUGCCUUCUACGUCCGCCUCACCUUCGACCCUCCCAUGGUCUACAAGACCUUAGAGCCUUUCUUGGAAGAUUCGAGGAAACUGCGCCAAAGGAGGAAAGAAGCCUAUGUCCUAGUGCACAUGGAUGAGUUUGUCGAUAAUCUCUUGACAAAGGAACGUGUGUGCGGUACCAGUUUAUGGAAACUGCCUGCCAGGCAGUUGUUGGAGGAUCUUGAUCAGUUGGAAGAACGAGUCAGUCCACUGCAGGCCGAGUUGGAUGCCAUGGAAGAGGAGGAAGGGGACGGUGAUCAAAACGAGGGUGAAUAUGACGAGGUCAUGGAAGAUGCGGACCGGAACGGCACCGCCAGCGAGAACGGCCAAAGUCCUAGACGGAGAAGCUCGAAAUCAUACAGCAGAAGUCGCAGCAGGUCAGCGAGUGACUGAAAACAGGAUGUUUGGAUUGCAUUACACGCUGGCUGAGAACUAUCAAUGUCGACUUUGCGACUAUGUUCUUAUGAAACUCAUAUCAAGACAAACUCGUCUUCGUCUUUCGACACCGACUCUGGUGGCAGCGGCUGCUCUCUCGCAGUCUCAUCCUGUUCUGCCUCCGCUCCGCUCUCCUCCAAAUCCAGAGGUGAUGAGUCCAGCGCUUGAGACCGGAUGAGAUCGAUCAGAGAUACACUGUCAUGACGACGAUCCCAUGUUGGAUACCCGAUUGUCCGUUCGGGGACAUUCAACUCCUGUGGCACCGAUAUGUUAUGCUCGGGCUCGGCAGGAUCAGGAGUGUCGGUCUCCCCGCCCUCAUGGGGCAAUAUAUCGAGUGCUGUCGCAGGUUCAGCCAUGGCUGCCACUGGAAUGUUAUGUUGAUCAAUUGGCUCAAAUUCCGGCUCGGACUGCCUCGAACCUUCCUGAAACUUUGCCAUCGACUCGGCAUUGUCAUCCAGAUAGUCCUCCUGGUGCGUUGACGUCGAAUCCUCACUGUGCAUCGAGUGCUCAGAACCAUCAUCAUCAUCGUGGAUUUGUUGACCGCCAGAUCCCCAGUGGGCUCUUUCUUCUCUCGAGACCAAAUCCCUCCCACGCCAAACAUCAUGCCGGAGAAAUCCAUUCCACUCGGGGGCAUCACAAUGUUCAUCCAGAAGCUGCACCAUACUGGGUCCCCCGAUGUCGGUAUUGACCACGUUCAACAGAGAAAUAGAGAAUCCGCCUCCCUGCACGGGCCAGAAUCUCCCUCCAUAGACACGAACAGGCCAGAUACCACGACCCUGCUGUACUUGUACAGUUGCCGCAUCGAUGGCAUCCAUGAGGUCUGAUAAUGAGAUGUCGCUGCUCCCAUUGACCAGAAGCACAGGCUCGUU